CUAAAAUACUUCACUUUCUAUAUUCCAAUUUAAUACAUUUCUCCUUCUCUCUAGAAGCUGCUUCAUCCUUCUUGAGAAAGGGAAAUUUUUUUACAAAUUAAGUUACAGCCUGGAGUAGAGGAAUAUUGAACUGUUUUGCUAAGGGAGACAUCAGGCUAUAGUACCAUUGUCCAUAGCAUAACCUCACCCCUAAUAGUACAUAUUAUGGUGCAAAAUGUGGAGCAUCACCAUUCCUUCACCAUCCCUACUGAAAUCACCACCAUCGCUAAAUCCCGGGGCUCUACGCCAAAACUUGGCCUCAAUAGGCCCGGGGAAGGGCGUUUCGAGCGUGUUUGGCUUGAAACCGCGCCCUUGCUUCAGGGCACGUGCAAUGGCGACCGUGUACAAAGUGAAGCUCAUAACACCAGAAGGCGAGCACGAGAUCGAGGCCCCGGAUGAUGAAUGCCUUCUCGAUUCUGCUGAGGCAGCUGGCAUCGAGCUGCCUUACUCGUGCAGGGCCGGCUCAUGCUCGACCUGUGCUGGCAAGCUCGCCUCGGGCUCGGUCGACCAGUCGGAUGGCUCGUUCCUCGACGACAAGCAGAUGGAGGAGGGAUAUGUCCUCACCUGCGUUUCCUAUCCCAAAUCGGAUUGUGUUGUUUAUACUCACAAGGAAGAGGAUCUCCAUUGAUAUCACAUUAUGUUCUUUAAAUAAAAAUGAUUUAAAACUUA